CCAAAAGAGGCGCCCAGAUAGUGGGGGUCCAACGCAAGAGAGACAGGGAUACAGAGACUGGGUAGAGGAGCAGAGAGAGAGAGAUUGUGGUUUGGUUGUUUUCGGAGUGGUCAUCAGUGGAUAUCAGCUCUGGUAAAACAGACAGACAUGGUCAUUUAGUGGGGGAGCAUUUCACAGUUUCCAAGCAGAACCGAUCAGGUUCCAACAGCACUGUGCGUCAAACCUGUUUGGACAGGGAGAGUGAGAGGAAGAAAGGAUAGACGGGUGUCUUGAGAGUUUUGAGGACGGCACCGGAAUGGUCGGGUUGUGGCGUUGGGUCACCGUGGUGACGGUGGCGUGCGUGUGCCUCUGGGGAGCGGCUGAAGCAGUGGGGGGAGCGAAGAGUCGACCACGACCCCAAAGGAGACCCCAGAAAAAGCCCAAAGUUAACCCAGUCGAAGAGAUUCUGCCGCCUGGGGAUAUCAACAUACAAGAUAUGAGCGGGACCUGGUACCUGGUCAGUGCAGCAUCUAAGUGUAACUUCCUGGUGAAGAACGGUCUGAAGGUGGAGGCGACGGUGAUGACCCUGACACCGCCCACCGCCUCGGGUGACCCCAUCUCCGUCAGCACCACCACACGCCUUAAUCACCAGUGUUGGGAGAUCUUGCAGGUAUACACUGUCACUCCAGCCCCAGGCCGCCUCGUACUUAAUGGUAGCAGACCAGAGCUGAACACUGAUAUAGUGAUUGGAGAGACAGACUACAGUUCCUAUGCGGUCUUCUACUACCAGAAACAGGGACAGCUCACCAUGAAGCUCUACGGCAGAUCCAAGGAUACCCUUUCAGAAGCUAUCUUGGAUAAGUUUGAGGACCUUGCUGAGAAAAAGGGUCUGGGGUUGGCCUAUGUGUUUGCCUUCCCAAACUACAGUCACUGCACGUCUGUGGAAAAAGACAAUGUGAUUAAUUGCGUGCCGAUAUGUUAAGGAAGAAAUCGAGAGCACUCGCUCUUACUGCUCAGGAACUUAUGGCAUAUUAAAAUGAUUUUAAUAUUUA